GCGGCCCCUUCGUCUGUUUUUCCUUCCUGCAUCUACAAGUCUUCUUUUCCUUUCUUUUAUUUCUCUGGAAUAUUUUCUUCCAUCCACAACCACCACCGCGCGUCUUGAGAUUCCGCCACAUCCCAAACUUGUGGCUCAUUAGACGCCUCUGUCUUUACUACUGCGCUACUACUGCUAUAGUCGAUUUAGCGUCGCUUUCAGCUUCAGUCGCGCCAACCAGCAAAAGCAGUCAGCCGCUGUCUUUGCCAUCGCAAACAAGGAGCAGAAUCAGCGCAAUACGCUUUGCAAUCGCACCAGAUUCUGGCUUGUCUUCUGCUACUGCUCGUCUCUUUCUUCGAGUAGCAUUCUCCCGAUAGCCUAUUUUUGGACCCUUGAAUCCUUACGUCAUUCAUCCAUCAUGGCCGAUAGCUUCCACCACGGCUUCAACGGAGUUGGAACCGCCCAUCACCAGGUCUCGCACCAGGCUCAUCAGCCCCCUCCUGUCGAGCCCCAAUCGAAUAUGGACGAUAAACUGCCUCCAUUUGUCGCCAUUUGCCCGCCAGCCCCACCUGAGAGACACCACGAGCAGUUUCAGCACCUCGACCCUUUGCCUACUGCCACUGCGCCAUCAAUUCCCUCUGCCCCAGCUACAGCUCCCAUCGACAUGGCUGACAAGCUCCCGUCUGUUGUUGGCAACGCCAGCCAGGCCGUCGAGGCUGAUGGUUUCGAGCGUAUCAAGUACGCCCCUCACGCCAAACCGUUCAAGCUUGACACCAGUGAUGCACCUCUCACCACCUGGGGCGAGCCUGAGCAGGCAAAGCCUUCUGAGAGCCACACUGCGCCAGCUCCCGCCGCCGCUGCUCCCGCUGUAGCUCCUGCUGCACCAGCUGCUGCUGCUCCCAAAGAGGCUCACAAGGACGAGGCCCCCAAGCCCGCCGCUCCUGCAGCUCCCAAGUCAGUGGACGAACCCGUACAGUCCAUUGCCGAGCUCUCGAAGCCAACUGAACCCCCUAAGACACUAGAGCCCGUGAAGCCUUUUGAGGCCCCCCAGCAAGCAGAGUCAAAGCCCGUUCCUGUCGCCCAACCAUUCGAAGCACCAGCGCCCCAGUCAUUUAACCAGCCUGACACUACUCCGAAGCCUAUUGAAGUAGCCAAGCCCGUCGAACAGCCCAAGCUUGAUGAAACUCCCAAGCCGCCUGCCGAAACCGCCAAGCCCGUUGAACCGGCCCCGAAGCCUGUCGAAGUCACCAAGCCCGCUGAACCAGCAAAGCCAGUCGAAAUCGCCAAGCCAGUGGAAAAGCCUGUCGAAGUAUCCAAGCCCGCUGAAGCACCCAAACCCGUCGAACUGCCCAAACCAGCUGAAGCUCCCAAGCCGGCUGAGGUCUCUAAGCCCGUGGAGGCUCCUAAGCCAGUCGAGGUAUCCAAGCCAGUUGAAGCGCCCAAGCCUGUGGAAGCGUCCAAGCCAGUUGAGGUAUCCAAGCCAGUCGAGGCCCCUAAGCCGGUCGAAGCACCUAAGCCCGUUGAGGCUUCUAAGCCUGUCGAAGCUCCUAAGCCUGUCGAGGUUGCGAAGCCUGCAGAGGCACCCAAGCCUCCCGCCGCUGCAUCGAUCGUAGAUGCGCUCAAACCAGCAGCGGCACAUCUGCCUAAGCCUGUUGAGGUCCUCUCUGUUCCUGACACACCAGUGGAUAUGAGAACCCCAGCUGGCGGAACGCCCCGCCCCGAGCUCAAGAUUCCUGAGGAGCCCUUACAGCCACCCAAGGCUGAAGAGCCAGCCGCCCCCGCCGAAGAUGUUGAAAUGACAGAGGUUGAUGCUGCCCCAGUCCCGGCUGCGGCCCCCGCAGCACCAGCCCCUGCACCGUCUGUUACCAGUGAAUCAUCGACAGGCGAGAAGCGCAAGGCUGACGAGGUCUCUGCACCCGCUGAACCGGCCGAAAAGAAAGUCAAGCUUGACGAACCAGCAGCUGCACCCACCAACGGAUCUACCGAGACCGCACCUGCAGAGGCUCCCAAGCGAAGCGACUCCAAGAAGAAGCGUGAGAAGAAGCCUCUUCCGCCUGUUGGCCGCACUCAGCGCAAGACUCGCAGCCAAGGACCUGCUGAGACAGCCUAGGAGCUUGACAUUACGUAGCGUAGAAUGUACACCGGCGCUUCAAUUACAGUACACGACGAACGAUACCGACUGUUAUGAUUACUGGUUCCUUGAUUUGGAUGUUUUGUCUUGUUAAUGACUAGUUUCUUGUAUGCUUGCUUUGUGACUUUUCUGGGUUUGAUUUUUUGGAGUUUGGAUGGUUAUGUAAUGACUGUUUGUGUGUUUGGUAACUUGGAAUGUGUUUUGACAACUGGACUAGUUAGUUUGCUCUGCUGGCUUUUAGUACUGAAUUUUUCUUUUCUCUUUCAAAUAUAAUUGUCUCCUGCUUUGUGAAGUAAAUGUGUAGUAUCUGACUCAUGGUAGAAUGUGCC